ACUGCUUAAAAUUGCAGCAUAUUGCAUGCCACAAGGGUUGUUGGUGGUUUCAGUGUGUAGAUGAUGGAGUCGUUUCUUGUUGGAUCCUUUCCAAAUAUAUCUUCAAUCACCAACGGGGGGAAACUCAUUCGGAGUAAGCACUACGCCAAUACGAAUAUUUACUAUGCAAGUUCUUAUGCACCAAAACUCUCACAAAACAAAAGGAAAACUAAAAUGGAAUAUAGUAUUUUGAAGCCAUGGCUAAGUUUGAACAAUCAUUAUAAACACAUUGGAGAAGAAUCUGCACAUCAAGAACACGAUAAAAAAUACGUUGUUAAAGUAGGUGCUGGACUAUCUUCGGAAUAUGAACCUCAUGCUUCUAAUCUUGAAAGCAUUGUGGACUAUGUCAAAAAGUUCUUGGUUUAUUUCUCCAUGUUGGUAUCUCCAUACUCAUAUGCAGGUCUUGGACGAACAUUAUGCACAAUUUCUGCAUCUCUUCUUGCGGUAAAGAAAUUAUCUGAUAUAUCUCCAUUAUUUUUUAAGAGUAUGUUGACGGUUAUCAUAUGUCACCGGUUGUUGGGUACUUAUUUAACUGUUGUUAAUCAAUUGUUUGAUAUUGAAAUUGAUAAGAUAAACAAACCGUAUCUUCCAUUGGCAUCUGGGCAAUUAUCCUAUACAACCGGUGUUAUUAUUGCUACAUCUUCAUUAAUUAUGAGUUUUUGGCUUGCUUGGAGUGUUGGUUCUUGGCCCUUGAUUUGGAAUAUUCUAGUCUCUGGUGUUAUAUGGACAGCUUAUUCAAUUAAUGUGCCUCUACUGAGAUGGAAGGGAAAUCCAGUGCUUGCAGCAAUGUGUUAUAUUGUUACUAUGGCAUUUUCUAAUCCCAUUGGAGAUUUCCUUCACAUGCAGACUUUUGUGUUCAAGAGACCAGCUGUAUUUCCAAGAGGACUGGAUUUCUUUCUUGUAUUCAUGAGCCUCUACAUUGUAGGUAUAGCGGCAUUAAAGGAUAUACCUGACAUUGAAGGAGAUAAAGCAUUUGGCAUACAUUCACUAUCAACACAUUUUGGUCCAAAACGGGUAUUUUGGUUUUGUGUUUCCAUUCUUGAAAUGGCUUUUGGAGUCGGCCUCCUGGUCGGAGCAACAUCUUCUUGCCAAAGGAGUAAAAUUAUCACGGUUUUGGGACAUGUUGCUCUUGCUUUCGUUCUUUGGUGUCAAGCCAAAGCAGUAGAUUUAAAAAGCAAAGCCUCCAUAUCAUCUUUCUAUAUGUUUACUUGGAAGCUAUUAUACGCAGAGUAUUUCCUUAUGCAAUUCUUCUGAUGAGGACGUGUCGACCAAGUUGACUUGAGAAUAAGUUUACUUUAGGUGGGGUUGACUUUAUCACUUGUAAACUUUUUUUUUUUUUAUGUCGGAAAGAUACAUUACAGCCUAUAGUGAUUGAUCUCUGGAUCUCUCUCACCCAACUCAUAUGUCUUCUAACUCUUAGCAUGUGAGCUACCAUUCGGGACUAUAUUUAUAAACUUUGAUUAUGUACAAUAUUAUAAUUAUAAUUUUAUUUGAGAGUGAAGAAUUAUACCUUUUAAGUUUUA